AUGAACACCAACGCCGGUCCAAGGGCGUCUCUCGCGGGCUUCGUGUCCACGUCCGUCUUGACGUCUUCCGACGGCCUCUUCGGUGACAACGUCCAGGAAGAGCGCGUGACGGAGACCCCAGCACCACGAGCAGACGAUCGAGGGAGCUACAAACCUCUGUAUGAACAGUUGCAGGAAUGCCAGGAGAAGAAAGACAGUGAGUGGAAAGCGAAGAAUAACCCAUUUGCUCCGCCCAAAGGACUUGAUGACGACGAAUUUGAGUAUAUAAAGGAGCUGGAGAGUAAGAAGAACGACGUGGAACAACAGCGCCAGGCACAGCACAAGGAGGAUCUGGCGGACUUCCUUGUAGCGCGCCGUGUACCGAAAGCGCCAGCAGACGCCUCGCUCACACUGCAACAUUUGCAAAAGUUCUUUGCAGAAAGUGGCUCGAUGACAGCAAGCAAGAAGCAGCGUGCUGUGGUGGUGGUAAAAUCGAAGCGGAGGAGGGUCGACAAAAUACGUGAAGCUGAUGUCGUAGCUUCUGAAGGCUCUGACAAACCCAAACAGCAGCGAUUGAAGAAGCAGAAGGUUGAGAAUCUGUGUACGUCUGUCGUGGCCGAAAAGAAAAAGCCGCGUACGGCGGUACAUGGACUCGUGUCGUACGGUAGCGACAGCGAUAGUGAUGGCGGCAACACAGCGAGCUAG